GUUGGACACCGUGUAUAUGCCAAUCAUGAGCUGCAGCACUAGCAGCGUAUAUCCCAUUCACACUGAGUUAUGUCAACAAAAUGAGCUUAUAUCAUGCAACUGGGGUCACUAGUACAAGUACAAGGUGUCUCACUGCCUCUCUGCUCCUCGUGUUUCUUCUAGUUCUGAAUUCGACAUCUUGGUGGUUCUUGGCACCUCAUACAAGCAUGGAAAUAUCAACCUCUCUCAAUGACGUCGCGCUGAUGUCCUGGACAAGGAUCGGAGUUACUAGUGACUUGCAGCAUUGGCAUCGAGCUAUGCCACGGCGAUUCAUCAACAGGCGUGUGCAGCAGAAAACACCUUACGCUCGUGUACUUCAACGCACUUUACAAACACUGUCCGAAAAAAUUGCGUCAGGUUCAACGGCCUCAUCCGCUAAUAGUACGCAGACUGUAAUCACAGUGAUCGUGAACGAAGGACUUGGAAAUCACCCUGCCUAGCUGUGCUUUUAUUGGACUGUACCCUAUAUCGGCGAUUGCGCUUAGUUUUGUGGGGUUCUGGCCGGGGAUGUUUUUACAGCAGGCUAGAAG